CUCAGCUCGUGAGCGAUUGGUAGGAUUUUGUGGACGCUCGCCGGUUUGAGUUGUUUUUCGGUUGCGUUGUCGGAUUCCCAGGUUUAGCGUUUGGUGCAAAUGAGACAGGAUGAACUUUACUCCGACACACACACCUGUCUGCAGAAAAAUAACAUUUGCUUCCAAACGUGGUGCUGCCUGUGGCUUCAGUGAUCCCAACAGGUGGAAGAAUAUGGCCGACUCGGUGGAGUCAACUCCCUUGCCUUCAACCCAGGAUCGGCUGGCCGUCCUUUGCCCUUCUCAGGAGCUCCUGGAGUAUUAUCAGAAGAAGAUGGCUACCUGUGAAGCAGAAAAUGAAGACCUGUUGAAGAAGUUAGACCUCUACAGAGAAGCUUGCGAAGGACAGCAUAAACUUGAAUGGAAUUUGCAGCAGAGGGAGGAAGAGAUUGCUGAGUUGCAGAAAGCCCUGAGCGAUAUGCAGGUCUGCCUCUUCCAGGAACGGGAACAUGUUUUACGACUCUACUCAGAAAAUGACCGACUGAGAAUCAGGGAACUGGAAGACAAGAAAAAGAUUCAGAAUCUGUUAGCUCUUGUGGGAACAGACACCGGUGAAGUGACCUAUUUUUAUAAGGAGCCUCCCCACAAAGUAAGCAUUCUCCAAAAGACUAUCCAGGGUGUAGAUGUGUGUGAACAAUAUGAGCCUUCCACUUUCAAAGCAGGUCCUAAAGUAAACAAAAAAAGAGUAACAAUAAAAGAAAAGGAAGACAUAACUGAGCGUUACCAGAGGGAAGUACAGACACUCAUCCUGCAGGUAGAAGCCCUUCAGGCACAGCUGGAAGAGCAGACAAAGCUUUCCAGAGAACAAGUUGAAGGACUCAUGGAGGACAGACGGAUCCGAAUUGAGGAGAUACAAGUUCAGCACCAGAGAAAUCAAGACAAAGUCAGAGAGCUGACUAAAAGUCUCCAUCAUACCCAAGACCUGCUCUAUGAAAGCACCAAAGACUUUCUACAGCUAAGAUUUGAAAACCAAAAUAAAGAGAAGGUAUGGAUGCUUGAAAAAGAUCUCUUGAUGUCCAAGCUUAAGCAGUACAGAGUGCACUGUAAGAAGAAAGAAGAUAAACUUGGAAAAGUUAUUCCAGUUUUACAUGAGACUCAUCAUACUCAGAAUGAAUAUAUUAAGUCUCUAAAGGAUAAGCUAAUACAAGAGAAAAAGCUGUCCAACAUGUACCAAGAACAGUGCAUUUCCCUAGAAGAGGAACUUGCUCGAAUCCGGGAGGAAGAGGGGGUGAGGAGAGAGAUCUUCAAGGAUCGCUCCAACAAGAUGGCGAAGCGCUUACAAAUAAUGACAAAGCGCUACGAGGCACUGGAGCAUCGACGCAUCCUGGAAGUGGAAGGCUUCAAGACGGAUAUUAAGGUUCUCCGACAGAAGCUGAAAGACCUGGAGCAAAUGCUCUAUAAGGCAACAGCGAAUGCCCAGGGAAACCAGGACCUUGCCAUUCUAUGUGAAGUUCGUGACAGCAAUAGAAGAGCUCAUAAGAUACAGGGAGAGCUGAAGGAGCUCAAGUCUAAAGUGUUCGGUCUGGAGAAUGAGCUCAGGCUGUGUUGAUGUCUACUUUCUGGGGAGGUCGGCUUCCUGGGACCUGAGGCACGGUCACCUGUUCCCAGGCAGUGGACAGGGAGUUAGCCAGAAUAGUGGUAUUUAUUUUUAUAAAGAUGAUGUUAAGGGCAUGAUGGCUCACAUUUGUAAUCCCAGCUCUUGGGAGGCAGAGACAGGAGGAUUGCCACAAAUUCAAGGUAGAGCUCUGUGAUUCAAGGCCAACCUGGUCUACAUAGUAAGUUCUAGGCCAUCCAAGGCUACUUAGUGAGACCCUGUCUCCAAAAAACAAUAACAACAACAAAAAAAAAAAACCAUCAAAACUAGAAAGGGAAAGAAACAAAACAAAACAAAAAACAAAACAGGAUAAAUUGGGAUGCUGAAAGUCUGCGCUUACACUGACCUUGCUGUUUCACUGUUGGACCAUCUGAACUAUAGCCUGGAUUACUUGGAGACAUUCCUGCUUUUCUUUUAGAUAUUGACAGGCUUUCUGCUCUUUAAAAAGACAGUAAUGGGGGCACUGGAGAGAUGUCUUAGUGGUUAAGAGUACUAGCUGCUCUUCCAGAGGACCUGAGUUCAGUUCCCAGCUCCCACACGGCAGUCUGUAACUCCAGUUCUGGUGCUUCUGACAUCCUCACACAGGCAUACACACAGGCAAAAUACCAGUGCACAUAAAAUAAAUAAAAGUACAGGGGUAGCAUGUAGCUUAGCUGAUGAAGUGCUUGUCCAGGGGACAGAACCCUGAGUUCCAGCCCUAAGGCUACAUAAAACCAGGCAUGAUGGCUCAUCUGUAAUCAUCACGGGAGAGAGGUAUAGGUGGAUCUGAAGUGCACAUUCAACCUGCACUAUAUGGUGAGUUGCAGGCUAGCCUGGGCUCCAAGAGACCAUGUCUAAAAAACAAACAAAGAUGACAAAAACUCAGGAAGAGAUGUUUUGCAGAGGUUGGCUAAGUGUCAGUGGAAGAAUGUGUUUCCUGCAGGAUCAAGAGCAUUCAUUGAUGUGCAUUCCUUCUUGGUGGGGAGGGAAGGAGGCAGCAAAUUACACACACAAUGGCAGUUAUUGAGCUGUGUUUUAGCUGUGUGUGAGCAUGGUCCAAGUGACUGACCACCAGGAGGCAGUACAGCCCGGGCUCUUAAGUAAACAUGGUCAUUAAGACAAAGGUGCUACUUUAUUGA